UUUCAGUUUUGUUAUAUUGAAUUAACUAUAUUUCUGCCAUCUUCCCAAAUCGAGACCCUCUAAAUUCCAAAAUCGCCUCCAAAAGAUGUCAAGAUCCCGUAAAAAGAAUGAAAAAAUGCUCAAAAAUAUUAUUAUAAGGAACGCUUCCUUAGAAGGAGCUUGAGAUAAGCUACCUAAGAUCAAGGAAAACCUCUCAUCCAGACUAAUAGCUACUUUGAAAAAUACUUCUCAAAAUUCAUCGAUGUCUUCUAUCUUUAAAACAAACGAAAAGAUUUAAGCUAAACAAGAAGAAGACCGCCAGCCAGAUCAUGUUCACAAAAUUAGUGAAGAAGUACCCUCCCAAACCUGUAGGAUUGAAAACACACGGGAAACAAAUCCGUUUGAAUUAUAGUGGAGUUAGAACCAAGCACCCCAGUCCUAACAAUACUAUGAUAAAAGAUAGCUCCAAAGAGUUUUAUCCGAACGUCUCUGAGUUUCCUCCAAACCCAAUGUCUACUAAAUUCAAGCGGAAAUUAAGCGUUCGGAAGACCAAGACGAACAAAAACAAGACUGAAAUCUCAAUGUUCUAUAAAUUUCAAAAGAAGUCAAAGCCUCAGCAGAAGUUAAAAUAACAAAACUAAGAUAAAAAUUUUUAACCAGAUAAAAUAAAAGAAUGUUGAAUAUUUCCACGUCAAAAUCCAGAAAAUCCAAGUCUAAAGAAGGCAAAUUUGCCAAAAGCAAGAAAAUUCUCAACUCGAAUUCGAAUAAAAUUCGGCUUAAGAAGAACAGGAGGAAUACAGAGUUUAUUAAUAAAGCCCCUACUUCACCAUUGACUCUCCUGGAUAACUCCUUGUCGAGGAGGAAGAACAGCCAGUUGUUGAUAGAUAUUGAUAAAAACCAGAAACUGUAUCACUUAGUAUGCGCAAAGUCGACUACUAAUUCAAGAAAGAAUUCGGUGACCUUCACAAAGAUCCCUGCACAAGUCAAGAGUAAGACAAAUAUACUUAUUGAUGGGCUAAAGUUUCAUCCCAAGAAUCAGAAGAUGAACAGCUCUAAAGCUACCCUUCUGGAAUCACAGACUGACCUCAAGAAGAGAGGAAAGGAGAGCUUUAAGGGUGACAAAAAGAUGAAAUAUUUACUCGAGUUCAAGAGACAGAAGAUGGCUCAGUCCAACCAUCUCUUCGGGAAAGAUAGCAAGAAAGUUUCGUUUAUCAAAAGUAAAAAUCGUGGUAUGAAAGAUCCACCAGCAUCAAGCACUAACUUCUCCACAUCAUUAGGCUCUAAUCCAGUGAGAGAAGAGGAGACCAAGAGCAACCAGAAGAAGGAAGAGAUCUCACAAAUUAAUGAGAAAGGAUCAUCUGAAGAGAAGUCUUCAGAUGAUAAAGUUUCAGGUGAAGCAGGGGAACAGAUCGAGGAAUACACUGAUUUACCCUCGUACAGACAGAAGGAAGAAUAUACAGGACUUGCUAAAAAUAAGAGGUAUUUCGACAACCAAGAAACAUGGGAGGAUGACGACACUAUUUUUGAUGAAGAGCUUAAAGAAAAGCAUAAUGAGCUUCUUGUCGAAGAUAUGCUCUCAAAUCUUCACAAUAGCUCUACAGCGGCUCAUAAACCAAAACCUAAGAAAGACAGAGAGUCCUUUGAUAUCGACAUUCGGGCUCUAGUUAAGCAAAAGGAGGAGAAUAAUAUGAAAAUUGAAGAGAACAAAGAAGAAACUAAGGAAGAUUUGUCAGAAAGUAACUCUUCCAAAGAAGAGUCUCACCUCUCUUAUUCGCAGACAACUUCUAAAAUUUUGGAUGCUUCUUACCAAAGUGACCUUGUUUGAGUGGAUGAGUCGCUUGAGAAGAGGAAAAGAGGCAAGGAGUCUGUCUCUAAAAUGGAGAAGUUUAAAAAUAUGGUUGAUGGAUCAGUCUCCCAACACAUCUCUAUUACAUCUAGUACUCAAGAUGUCAACUUUCAUAAGGAUGAAGAAGAUCAGUAUGGAUCAAUUAAAGUGUCUAAUAUCUUUAAUUAUCUCCCUGAUGGAGCGAUCAGAUCUCAGAAGGAUAACUUUCAAGAGAUCAGUGAGGCAUUAGACACUAUCAAAACCAAGAUGAACAUUGAAGAGGACAAUAACAACUGAUUGCUCCUUCCAAAAAUGAAGACUCCAAUGAACUAUGGGAUUCGAGGAGCCGUCUAUGAUUUCAUAUAUAUGAUGGAUAAAAUUCCAGAGCCUGAAUUAGAAUUUUUCCCAGAUGCUUUCCGGGAAUAAGCCUUAAAGCUAUUAAAUUUUAC